CAGGAACUACACAGAUGUAUGAUAUCCGUCGAUAUUUAAGUCGCAUCAGGAGGCGAGAUACAUCAGGCAUCAAUCACGUGAUGAACGGUGUUUCCACGAAUCACCUCUCUGCUUACAAAAAGUGGCACAUGCCUUUUUCAACUAAAAUAUUAUAUACUGGCAAAAAGCUGUGGAAGAAUAUACCGCGGCCGAUUUAUGGAUGGGUUGUGGAAAUGUCUGAAUGCAGCGCAGCUUGUGGAGGAGGUUUUAAAAAUAUUACUGUGCUUUGUCAAACUGGAACUACUGUGGUAGACGAUGGAUUUUGUGCUAAUCUUAAUAAACCUGGGCGAACUGGGAUAUGGCCUUGCAAUUCUCAACCCUGCUUAGGAAGGUGGCAAGAAGGAUCUUGGGAAUCCUGUUCUGUAACUUGCGGGCAAGGUAUACAGAGAAGAGAUGUUGUUUGUGUCCAACAAGUUUCACAAAAUAUUUACUCCAUGGUGCAAGACAUUUUUUGUCCCCGUCCUGCUCCUAAAGUGCUGAGAAAAUGUUCUGGAGCUCCUUGCGAGAGUUAUAGCAAUUUUGUUUGACAUUUGGCAUUGGCGGAUUCCAAAAAGGAAUACUGAGAAUAGGAAAGAAUGUUACCAGUGCAAGUCUUCCAUGCACAACAAAUAAAACUUGUGAUAUGUUGAACAACUAUUUCGUAGGCUAUAAAAUUUUGCUUCACUUCGGUGUUCAAGACAAAAGGAAACAAACAUUCGGGACAAAGAAAUCGUUCAGAAAUCAUGUUCCUUUAAAUUUCAGUAACUGCUGCGACGAGAAAUGGGAGCUUCUGUAAUGAACUACACAUAGUUUUGGCUUUGUUAGGCGUCCAUUUUAAACUUCUUGUAAUCCCUUUUUUUCUUUCGAAAUAAUUUCGAAGGAGGAAAAAGAAUGUAAAUUUUAAAAUACGGUGAACUUUUUUGUACAUGUAUUUAACAACAUACAAUUGUUCACAUUUGUUUUCGAACACUUGUAAUUUUUAAAUUUAUUUGCAUUGGUCUUUUACUAUACAUAGAAAAACGUAAUUCAGUUUUUCUUUCCUACUAUAUUAUUUUUCUUGUUUUUUAAGCCUUCCUUGUUACAAGAUAAAUAUCAUCAAAACACUUUUUGUAAUAAAUCUAAAUCUAAAUUUAUAUUUAAUUUUGUAAAUUUAUUAUUAAUUUUGUAAUUAAUCUUAAUUUUAUUGAAUAGUGUUAAUCAGUAACACACAUAAUAAUUCGGACACUCGAAAGUUAUGCUGAAAUAUUUCGGUAGACGAUCUGUGUUUUCAUAACUUUUUUAUUUUAAAUGAAAUUGCGUCUUAAGAAUUAUAGUCUGCAUUUCGAAGCUAUUACUUGUUCAGCAAAACAUACUAGCAAUUGCUUAUAAAAAAGCAAGUAUAGCAAGACGCUACACGUUAACGACAAAUUCUGUUAUAAACUUAAUUAUUAAUCGUUUUUGAUAUGGUAAAAAUAUCCGAAAUAUUCAAAAAUGUACUGCAUAUAAAGCGAUGGAAUUUGAUAUUAUAAAUCAAUGGAAAUGGCACGGUACUGCUCAAAUGCACUGAUAUCUGGACCACAUUUCAAACUGACACCAAAGAAAUCGGAGAUUUAUCCUAACAAAAAACCAAACAAUAUCGAAAAUUUAUUGCCACAAAAUUUGCAUCUUAUUUAGAAGAAUGUUUUGCAAUAAAAGUUAACCCUGAUACUGUUAAAAGAGUCAUUAGCGCACAUGGAUACAAUGGACGAUCAGCAGGAAAGAAAUUCUUCAUCAACGAGAACACAAGGAAAAUAUGCUAAGUAAAGAUUUAUCGUAUUGGAUCAAUGCUAUAUUUCCAGACGGUCAAAGCUUAAUAUACUUGGGUCAAAAUGGACGAAUUACUGUGGGGCGAAAGCCAAAUGAAGAAUUGAAUUAAAAAAUACCAAGGACCUAAUAUUACGCAUGAGAGUGACAACAUAAUGUUUUGGAAGAGUUCCGCUGCCUCUGGAAUAGGGAAUUUACAUUUUAUAGAAAAUAAUAUGGAUCAUAGUAUUCUUAAUGAAAACCUGAAAGCAUCCGCAAGAAAAUUGCAUACAAGUUCUACCAGAAUGGCGACCUAAAAUAUGUUCGUAAAUGUUCGCUUCCAGUUAUUAUACAGCUGUGAAGAAGUUAUCAAAAUUAUCCUAUCCUCCGGACUUAUAUCCCACCGAACAUGCGUGCAGUGAGCUGGAAUAAAAAAUAAAGAAACAACUUUUUUUCCCGAAAGCUCUACUAAAGCAGCGGUUAUGGAAUAUAAUUCUUACAUGAGAAAAUUAGGUUAAUUCAUGACAAAGUAUAUGAAAAAUAUAAUAUUAACUAAAGGAUAUCCAUUGAAAUAUUGAUUAUCCCGUUAUUUUGAUGUUUUAUUAAAUGUAAUCCGUUUGUUCAAAGUGUCGGAAUACUUAUGUGAGUUCAUUUUCGGAACGUUUUGAAUAAACACUUUUUUUAAUAUCAAAAAUGUUUUGCAUAACAUUUUCCAAAACAAGCAGGUGCUAGAAAAGAUUAUCGAUAGUACCUGCGACAAAAAUCAUUCCACUAAUAUCCAGUAACUGAUAUUUGCAAAUAAAAUUCAAAAACACAAGUGUCGGAAAAGAAAUGUGAGACACUGUAUUUUCAAGUACAUUCUCUUUCUUCCAUCCAGAAAAUGUAACUUUAAGCAAUUUGUGCAGCCUUGUUUGAAAUAUAAAGGUUCCUAAGGAUUUAUGAUCUUCUUACUUAUUUCUCAUGCUUGAGUUUUGUAUUUUUGCUAACACUCGAAAAGGUGGAAAAAUAUUAUGGUUACGUAUAUUUUUAUAUUUAAAUCUGUAUAAUUUAUAUUAUAGACAAUGAUACGUAUGAUCAUAAUGAAGGAUUUAUGUAUUAUAUUAAUGAUACAUAAUAUAUGUAUAAUGAGUGUUAUCAUGAUUUAAAUCUAAAUAUAUAAACACCAAACUCAUCUAAAAUUGCAUUUACUGUCACGUUCAAUAUAUCAUGAUGGCACACAUUAUAUGCAAUAUGCCUCAUAAUAGUAGUAACCUCUUAACUAGAGAUAAUAAUGAUGACAAUAUUUUCAAGUUAUACGGGUUAUUUUCAGCUUAAAUUAUAAAACUUUUAACUGAUUUUAAGCAAUAAGUUGUUCACAAAUAUGAAAGAAAAUGAUCAAAUACUUUAACACCAUCGCGAGAUAAAAUUCUUUUAUCUUUGCAUAUUUUACUUUUUCCAAUUCUAAAUUUAAUACAUUCAGUCCUUAAUUCUUGCUAUUUGCAUGCUGUGGCACUUGGAAUUUUAGUUGAUAAAUUAUAUCUUUCCCUUUAAAAAAAUAAUUUAUCAAUAUUCCCAUCAUAACUACAACAGAAAUACAAAUGGAAUGUGGAUAAAAUUUCACCUCGAAUAUAAAAUUUGUACACUGAAGAAUUCACAUAUCAUAAUUAUCAAUUAUUAAGUUAUUAGUAAUGAUAAUCCUAAGUAAUUGAAAGGAUGAGACAAUAAAAUGAUAGUACAUAUUUAUUAUAUUAAAUUCUAGCACUGCAGCUUUUCUCCAAACGAACUGCUUAAAACCAGCCCAGUUACACUAAAAAAAUGAAGUGGAAAACAGUUCUAGAAGGAAAUAUACUUUAUAGCAGUUCGAGCUGUUUGAUUGUUCUCUCUAUAUAUUUAGCAUAUUCUCGAUAACAAACCUAUGAUAAAAGCUAAAUAAUUUAAGUGUCAUUUACAUCUAUCAAUAACUUAGUUUAGGAGAAAAUAUAAUGUCUCAGCAUUAAUAGAAGCGUCAGACAAAUCUGUUUGAACAUCCUUGACAAAUAAACGUUAUGGAAUUAAAUGCAGUUUCUAUCACUUAAUGUAGAGAGAUCAGCAGUAAACAAUGUCCCCCCUUUAAAUGGUAUACGCGAAGUUAUUGUUCACUUGAGGUAUAGGAUAAACUACCUACUUCGUAAUAUUAAAAGCUACGUAAUAAGGCAUUUUUAUCGCCAUGCAGCAGAAGUGUAUCCUUCAUAAAAUUAUCUGCAAACAUUACAAAAUUGAAAGUACACGAAAUGUGAAUUCCGUUACUCUUGAACUAUUUAUUUGCUUUUAUAAAUAAAACAGCAACUAGAAUAUUUUUUUAAAAAAAUAUGUACGAACAUUAAGAGAAGGAAAUCACUAAUCUUAGAAAAUUAAUAGACUGCAAAGUGUUUUUUAACUCUUGUACCAUUAAUAUUCGGAGUGUUAGUGGUGCAUCUGCAUUAUAAUAAUGGUCGUUGCAAGUACGUUUCUUCGCGUUUCGAUAGCUUUGCCAGCGCUUUAGAAACGAUGAAACUCAAUAUACUAGAUGAGGUUUUGGAUAGAAUAUCCCGUAUCACAAAAUAAGAUGUAUCAUUAACUUGGGUAAAUUUACCAUAAUGCACAGCGUAAGCAAAUAUAAUUGUAAUCAGUGCAGACAGUAAAAGAUGCCCAAUGUAUCGCAUUUUAGCAAACACUAGACAUGACAGCUUCCUUUCUUCACGAACCCGGCAAUUCAGUACUUCGUACUUACGAGCAUCCUCAAUAAGCUGAUAAAGCUGAUGUUGUCAAUUGCAGUGAUGAUAUUCUCUUCCAGUUGCUGGUUUAUGAACUACUACUUGUACCACAAUCCAUUUAAGUUCGCAGAACAAGACUGACCCAUUUACUACUCGCGAUAUCAGGCAAGGGUUGCUAGGCUCAACGCAUCACGCAGGGCGUAGAGCUUGAAGUCGAAGAACUGGCCGCCGUACCAGCCUACUCGGAGGGACGAAGCCAAGUCAGUAUUGACUGCCCCUUCCGCCACCAGGAACCGGGGCCGUGUUUUUAUCCUUUGGUGUCGAGACUACCAAGAUACAGAUCCGAGCUAGUCCAAUAAACUACUGCCGGGGGCACAAUUAUUUGGAUUAUGAGUGGUUUAUUGACACAGACCAUUUCCUUUAAUAGACUUCAUAAAAUGAGUCUGGAGACUUAGACAGUAGAGACCUUGACAUUUAUGACAGAGAUGUUUUAAGUAUGUCAUAAGAAGUUACUUUAAAAAAUUGUGGACACGGAUGUGUAAUACAAUAUUAUCUACACAUAUUAUAAAAUGUUUUGACGGCAUAGAGUUACAUCUUGUUUACUUCCAAUAGGAAGGAAUAGGGGAAACACGUCCCUUAAAGAUCGAUGGUUUUUGCUAUCAGCGUUUUCGAAGAUUGCAUUAUAUCCAAUGAAUUGCAGUUGCCAGGGUCUCCUAAUCAUGAAAUAAGUUCGUAAUCCGACAACUGAAGUCGAAUAUCUCUGGUGAAAUUGAUGACAUUGGCCAUUUGACACUGGCCCAUUGAAAAGCUUACAAGUAUUCAAGGAUUUAUUGUAAUGUAUUAAGUUGGCUAUAAAAUAAGCAUAAUUAUUACAUCUGGCAUACUUACAUUUGCCUACUUCUUGAUGAAACAAACUAGAAAUCUGAGGUUCGUACAAGUAAAACACACUGUAAAUUACAUUCGAAUUAGGUUACAUUAUUAUUUCAUGCAAUUGAUAUUAAUUUGGAUUCGAGUACAUAGAAACUAACCUGAAAUAACUACAUAAUUAUUUAUGUAGUUAAUGUGACCUCACAAAAUAUCCAAAGGAAAACUAGUUCAUUCAGUCUAAAUAUUGCUCAUGAUGUUUGGGAACACUGAAAUUUAAACUUAUUUCUUUGGAAAGAUCUGCUUUGAACAUAAAUCAAGCUUGGGUGGCUUCUAUAAACAAAAGCUCUGCCACUGCGCUAUAGAAACAAUAAACUACAGUUUUCUAUAUUCUCUUUGAAAUUCGUAAAUUGGAUGUGUCCUUACACUUUCCUAUAUGAAUUACUUCCUAUUUCAUUCUUUACUUUUUUGCAGCAUUGUUAUUACAUUUUGUAUGGGUAUAAAAAAUUACUGUCGUCAUCUUUUUAAAGUCAUCACUUUUUUCUUUUAUUUCAUCUUUCCAGUGAUAAUCAUGUUUAAAAUUUGGAUUUUCAUCAAAGAAAACUACCGUGCUCCUCUAACCCUGUUACUGCAUAUCAAUAUGUCAUAUUAAUGCUUAUUUAUUGUACCAAAAAUAAAUACCACUAUCUUUUAUAUCAAUUGUAAAUUUGGAAAUAAAAUGUGAAAAUGCCCA